AUGGGGACUCUCGAGGAGAUGCAAGCUCGCCACGGGAAAGAGAAGAAAGACCUACAAACACGGGUUAUGCAGAAGAAGAAAGGUGCAACGAAAAAGACACGGAAAGGCGUGAAUACCGAAUGCGAAGAGCUCGAACGUCAACUCAAGGAAAGACAAGAACAGGAAAGAGCCGCUCUCAACGGAGAAGCGGUACCAGAAGCUGACGACAUCCCCGACCUUGACGAAUUAGUAGAAGAGCCUGCAGCUCCUCAAUCGAACGGCGUGAACGGUCUAGUAGAAAACCUCGAGAGAACCACAAUCUCAGAAGACGGCCAACCUCGAAAACGCAACCGGGCUAAGGAACACCUGGCACGACGAGCUGCAGAAAAAGAUGCCGCAGUAGAAGAAGCGAAGAACGAAGCUGCGAAUCAACCAGAUAAGAAGACUGUGGAGAGGGCAAAGAUGCUGGUGCAGUUUAAGGAGAAAGGGCUCGUGGAGAAGGGCAUUCGUCCUGAUGGGCAUUGUCUGUUCUCUGCUGUUGCGGAUCAAUUAUCACAAGUUGGGAUUCCGCUAGGUGCAGGGUCUGAUGCGGAGUUGAAGGAGGAUCAGAGGUAUAAGCUUGUGAGGAAGGCCGCUGCCAGGUAUAUUGAGGGACAUCCUGAUGAUUUUGUGGCUUGGCUGGAUGAGCCUUUGAAUCAGUAUGUGGAAAAAAUUAGGGAUACGGCGGAGUGGGGUGGGCAUCUCGAAUUACUGGCUUUGGCAAAGACGUAUAAUGUGGAGAUAUGCGUGCUGCAGGAUGGGAUUGCUCAGACUAUUGAGCCUGAUUCGGAUGGACCCGAGGCACCAGAGAAGAUAUGGCUGGCAUACUAUCGGCAUAAUUUUGGGUUGGGAGAACAUUACAACUCACUUCGGAGGGCAACUUGA